AUGAUAGCCUUAGGAGUUGUAUGGACGUUAACCACAUUUAUAUUGAUAAGCGGCCAGCAUCCGUCACCCGGUCAGAUGGAUCCCAUUGCGAAUCCAUCGUCUGUUGUUUUAGUUGGUAAUGCUCGAUUUACGGUUUUAACCGAUCGUAUCGUACGUAUGGAAUGGUCAUCGACUAAAACAUUUCAGGACUCGCCAACGUGGGUUAUUCAAGUUCGAAAUACUCCUGUACCCGACUAUAAAGUAACACAAAAUGAUACACAUACAACAAUUCAAACAUCAUAUUUGACAUUGACCUAUUUAACUAACAGCACAUACACAUUUAACUCGUCUAAUAUCAAUAUGAUAGUCCGUUUUGGUGAUUCUCAACAAGUCCAAUGGUCAGCUAUACCCUAUGAAGAGAAUACAGGUAAUCUGUUGGGUACGGUUAGAACAUUAGAUGGAAACAAAGAUCAGAAUUUAGAGAUGAAUUGUAUGUUACAGACCAGAUCAGAUUUGCAUUGCACAUACGGAGUUAUAUCGCGACAAGGCUAUGCAUUGAUUGACGACACCCAUCGUCCAUUUUAUGACAAUAAUACACAAUGGGCAUGGCUAGUACCAACGACAUACGAACAAAGUCAAGGCUCUAUAUGUAUGAUAGACAAUCAAUAUAAACGAGAUUGCGGAUAUAUUGGUAAGCAGCAUUUCAUGGGUGAAAUAUCAACAGGACGUAUAAGUGAACAUGAUUGCGGUCAACGUGGUUGUUGUUACAGUCCUACCAAUGCAAACGGUGUUCCCCUUUGUUAUUACUCAAAUGUUGCUCAACAGGACUUGUAUUUUUUCGGACAUGGUCACGAUUAUAAAUCGGCUCUCCGUGAAUUUACCCUGAUAUCGGGACCAGUUCCUCUGCCUCCUCGAUACAUUUUUGGUAUUUUCUUCAGCCGAUAUUGGGCUUAUGCCGACUAUCAAGAAAAGCAAAUUAUUCGAGAAUAUGUCGAGCAUGAUGUACCGUUGGAUAUUCUUGUCACGGAUAUGGAUUGGCAUCUAACAUUCUACAAACAAGCAAACGCGGGCAAGAAAGAUCAAGCUGGUCAAUCUAUCGGUUGGACAGGGUUCACUUUUGAUCCUCAUCUGUUUCCAAAUGCUUCAAAAUUUCUCCAGUGGUGUAAACAGUUGGGUCUCACCAACACCCUCAAUCUUCAUCCAGCAUCGGGUAUUCAACCAUGGGAAGAACGCUAUGUAGAAAUGGCUCAAGCAAUGAGUAUUGAUCCAACAACUCAAAAAUAUGUACCGUUCAAUGAAACAGAUAAAAAGUUUAGUGAAAACUGGAUGAAAUUGGUUUUGGGUCCAUUCGAACAAGCUGGUAUUGAUUUAUGGUGGCUAGAUUGGCAACAAGGUGAAGACUGGAUCGAUUUGCCUUACGUAAAUCCUACUUUCUGGCUCAACUAUGUUUUUUUCACAAAUCCCUAUCAUUGGCAACAAAAUAAUUUGCGUCCAAGUUUGUUACAUCGUUGGGGAGGAUUGGGAAAUCAUCGUUAUCAAGUCGGCUUUAGCGGUGAUGUUAUUCCAAGUUGGGACACACUUACAUUUCAGCCAUAUUUCACAGCAACAGCAUCGAACGUGGCCUAUACAUUUUGGAGUCAUGAUUUAGGAGGGCACACAGAAUCACCCGCACCUGAAUUGUAUCUUAGAUGGAUACAGUGGGGAGCAUUUUCUCCCAUAUUUCGUACACAUUGCACAAAAAAUGUUGAUAAUGAUCGUCGAAUAUGGACCUAUCCUUGGGCCUACUAUCAGACAAUGAAACGAUUUACAAAACUCCGUCAACUACUCGUGCCUUACAUCUAUACGGCUGCUAGACGAACGUAUGACACAUCACUUGGUAUUGUUUUACCCAUGUAUUAUGAACAUCCAGAUCAUGACGAAGCAUACACAUAUUUGCAUCAGUAUUUUUACGGGGAACACUUACUUGUUUCACCAAUCACUCAUCCGGUGAAUCCCGCAACUGGCAUGGCUAAUUGGACAAUUUGGUUUCCACCAGGGCGAUGGAUAAAUAUGUUUACAGGAGAUUUCGUUGAAGGACCACAAGUUUAUCAAAAAGCAUUCACGCUCAGUGAAAUGCCAGUUUAUGCUAAAGCCGGUUCUAUCAUUGCUAUGCUGCCCGAUCGUAGUCCAUCUCUUGGUCAAGCAAAACUGAUACCAUCUACGUUAAGAUUUAUCUCAUUUCUCGGAGGAAAUUUGAAUGGUUCAGGUUCAGUUUAUGAAGAUGAUGGUUCGACAGAUGGUUAUAUUAAAGAAGAACAUGUUUACACUUAUGUCAACUAUCAAGUGACAGGAACCAACAAUAAUAAUUUAGCAUUUACUGUUAAACCAGGCGUUGGUCAAUUUCGAGAAUUUCCCGAACAACGUUCAUACGACUUACAUUUUCGUCAUGUAUUUCCAGCCACUAGUGUAACAGUGAAUGGAGAGCAAUUACAAUAUGUACCAUAUAAUGAUCUCUUAGCGCCAGAUCUUAGUCACAAUUCGUUUACAUAUGACGGAUCGAAGUUAACUCUAAUUGUUUACAUUCAUAGCCCGCAGCCAACUUCUAAAGAACUCUCAGUUCUUAUUCAACUAUCAGAAAGUGUUACUCAUCCACUACUAAUUAAUCCUGUUGGUUUUAGUGGCUAUAUACAACGGUUUACCAGUGCUAAAGCUCUUUUAGAUGAUCAGUGGGGUGUCCAAACCGUUUUCCAAGAUGAUUAUCCUCAACUAUUAUUUGCAGCCUCUACGGGCGAAGUAAUCACACAUGAACCAGAUCAAGCCGUUGCCCAUGCGAAUGCCUUUUAUGAUUGGUUAGUUGUUGGGGCGUGCGUCGAAUUAGGAAGUGGAAUUACCGGUCUGGCUGAAGACGUUAAACAACAAUUGUUAGCUCAACUCAUGUGUCCUUGA